UUUAAUCGAUAAUGUGUUUCGUUUUCCGCAGGAUGGGGAGGGACGCGCGGCAGAGCCACCGGGAACUGGCGCUCGGGUGAAGUAGGAGCCGCCGGCCGGCUGCCUGCACCGAGCGGUUCGGCGCCGCGGCCGCUCAGCCUCUGCCAUGGCCGGGUCCGGCGCGUGGAAGCGCCUCAAAUCUCUUCUGAGGAAGGAUGAUGCGCCGCUGUUUUUAAAUGACACCAGCGCCUUUGACUUCUCUGACGAGGUGGGGGACGAGGGUCUUUCUCGGUUUAACAAACUUCGAGUUGUAGUGGCCGAUGAUGGUGCUGAAACCCCGGAAAGGCCUGUUAACGGGGCGCACCCGGCCCUCCAGGCCGACGAUGAUUCCUUGCUGGACCAGGACUUACCUUUGACCAACAGUCAGCUGAGUUUGAAGGUGGACCCCUGUGACAACUGCAGCAAACAGAGAGAGUUGCUGAAGCAGAGAAAGGUGAAAACCAGAUUGACCAUUGCUGCCGUUCUUUACUUGCUUUUCAUGAUUGGAGAACUCGUAGGUGGAUACAUUGCAAAUAGCCUAGCAAUCAUGACAGAUGCACUUCAUAUGUUAACUGACCUAAGUGCCAUCAUACUGACCCUGCUUGCUUUGUGGCUGUCUUCAAAAUCACCAACCAAAAGAUUCACCUUUGGAUUUCACCGCUUAGUACUAGUUCAAGAUGGUGGACCAGAGAUCAGCAUCAGUGGAUCCGAGCGUCCGUUGGGAGAUACCGAAUACAAAUACCAAAACAACAAAGAGAAGCACAUGGUUAGGUCACCAAUAAACAAGAAAUUUCCAGAAAUUUCUGGAAGUUGGAAAGUCGAUGGGAGUGGGUUGAAGGAAGAAAGAAGCCAAAAAGCUGCAGCCCAGAGAACGCUGGGAAAUGGAGAUAUAAUGCUCAUUACCGCAGCUGUUGGAGUUGCAGUUAAUGUAAUAAUGGGGUUUCUGUUGAACCAGUCUGGUCACCAUCACACCCAUUCCCACUCCCUGCCUUCAAAUUCUCCUUCCACCAGUUCUGGAUGUAGACGCAACCACGGGCAGGAUAGCCUGGCGGUGAGAGCUGCCUUUGUACACGCCUUGGGGGAUUUGGUGCAGAGCGUUGGUGUGCUAAUAGCUGCAUACAUCAUACGAUUCAAGCCAGAAUACAAGAUUGCUGAUCCCAUCUGUACAUACGUAUUUUCAUUACUUGUGGCUUUUACAACAUUUCGCAUCAUAUGGGACACAGUAGUUAUAAUACUAGAAGGUGUACCAAGCCAUUUGAAUGUAGACUAUAUCAAAGAAGCCUUGAUGAAAAUAGAAGAUGUAUAUUCAGUGGAGAAUUUAAAUAUCUGGUCUCUCACUUCAGGAAAACCUACUGCCAUAGUACACAUACAGCUAAUUCCUGGAAGUUCAUCUAAAUGGGAGGAAGUACAGUCCAAAGCAAAGCAUUUAUUAUUGAACACAUUCGGCAUGUAUAAAUGUACUAUUCAGCUUCAGAGUUACAGGCAAGAAGUGGACAGAACUUGUGCGAACUGUCAGAGAUCCAGUCCCUAAUUUUAUAUGUGUUGGGGACUACUGCCUUAUUUAUCCUGCAGUCACAGACGUAAGAGCAAUAAAUGCACACCUUGGUGAGAAAUGGAAUCCCUGACAGCUGUGUCCAUAUCAAGCCAGUCUCUCAGAACAGUCACUCCAGCCUGAUGGUGCCAGUUUCUGUUUAAUGGUAAAAUGAGACUUCUCUAUGAUUUUCAGAUGAAGAUGUUUCUAAAAUGCUGUUUACAGAAUGAGACAUGACUUAUAGAUACCUCACAGAAGACAAUCCAAGACUGUACUUCAUUGAUUAUGACAGUACCUGUCUUAAAGGAAGCAUCAAGAAUUCAGUAUUUGCAUUUAAAAAUCCUUUUUAAGGACCAUUUUAUAUCAAGCCAGUGCUGGAAAACUGCGGGGUUUUUUUUUAUUAUGUAAUCAUCACACCCAGCUACUGGAAUUUGACACCCAAGCUCUCUUUUUACCAAAAUUAUUUCUCAACAGAUUUCAGAAAGCACUACUAAUUAUCCAGAAAGUGGAAUAAGCAUGUAUUCCUAGAGUUUCAGAAUGAUUUAUUUCACAAAUAAGUCUUAAUGGUAUUGUUAUAAUUUGUAAUCUGCUUUUUCCAGAUGUUACAGGGUUUUGAAUCUCAAAUGAUUUUGAUUAUUUGUAAUCUUAUCAGCAUCAAAUCUUUACAUAUUGUGGUCACUGACAUUAAAUUAUUUAGGGAAUAUUAUCAGUAUUAUUCUGAAUAGCAGAUGUUAAUCAUAAACUCAAAUUAUUAUAUGUGAUAAUUUAAAACAAAAUAUAAGCAUGAGGAUGGGGUGUGGAGUUUCAGACUUAAGUCUUCCUGAAAUCACUUUUAUUGUUCAUGGAAUUAUCUUUAAGAACAGCAAGAAAUUGCAAGAGGUAGACAAUGAUCCUCUGUCCUUUUAAGAACUCCCUUCCCUUUUGUACAGAAGGUUUGCUUGCUACCUUGAUUCUUGCUUCUAUACCAGUUAACCUGUGUGUGCCCGUUCAGGGUAAAACUCUGGAAAGCUAAGGUUCGGCUUGCUCUCUACCUCUCGCGUGUAGAUUAACCACAUUCCUCCAGGGAGAACUUUGGCUGGGUCAUAUGGGUUAGGGAUUCUCCAUGGACUCCAAAAACCCUACGAUGUAAUUUUGCGGUUUUCCCAAUAAUAAUACCAUAGCAGAAAUGCCCAGAGGGAUUGGAGGAAGAUAUUACUCUGGGAAAACAAAAUUCUCAAGGGUUUUUGACUUUGUGUGUGUUUUUAAAGCAGGGGAAUUGGGAUGGACGUUAAAUCUGUGUUGUAGGGAGGCUAAGCAUAAAAGUUUUCCAACCAAAUGCAACUAAUUGGUAACAGUUGUGUUAAAGAGGCAGUUGUGAAUAUUCAUGUUUAAUUUUGCAGCGGUUGGUUUUGCAGUUACUUUUACGCACAUUAGAAAUACAUUUUCAAGAGGAACAGUUUCUUAUAUCAAGAAUAGAUAUGGUUCUUUGAUUCCUCCGAAUCAGAGUAGAGCAGCAACGUACCCGGCAAGCUGUGAACUGAAAUCCUAGAUGGUCACACCGAUGAAAUCUGAUGUCAGUGGAGAACAGGAAACAGAUCUCAUCUUUCUACCAAGUACCUCACCACAAAUAACCUAAGAUAAAACCUAGAUUUACCUGAAAAAUUGUUAAGAGUUGAUAGUACCCAAUGUAAGGGUUGAUGAGGAUUAAUGAUUCCCUAUAAAACCGAGUGCUUAUUGAAUUGAAUUGAAGAUUCACUUUUUAGGAUUCUUACUGUGAAUCUAUUUUAAAUGAUUUGAAUUUUUCUAAAAUUUCAGUAGCAUAUAAACUGUUAAAAUCAAAAUAAAUAUAAAAUUAAAACACAGAGGGCAAGUAAGAAUAAAUGAGAGACAUUUCCGUGGGCAUCUGGGCAUUGGUGGGCUUUGAGUACUCAGCGAGAGAAAGGAAAGAAUACGCCUUAUAUGCUAGUGGGUUUUCUCAUACUUGCAGUCGUUCCUCCUAUCUGCGAAGGUUGUUUUUUGUAAACUUUCCUUUAUCUUAAAUAGAUAUAUCUGACUUUUCAUAUCUACCCAUUCCUUGGAAAGUUGUUUGAUGAAACAGUCUAAAAUGCAUUUGAGGACUGAAAGGAUCCCUUUGUAAAAUGCAGAAACACUGAAAACUUCUGUAAAUCUUACAGUAUUCUGCGUUAAGUGAGGUACACAUGGAGUUUCCUGUGCUUUGCAUUUUGUAGCAAGGACUUACAGAUUUUGUACUUGUACUUUACUGGUUCGGUAAGAUUUGGGGACUGAUUUAACUUUUUGUAACUUGACAAGACCCACAGAGAAGGAUGUGAACUUAGCAGAUACAACUAGGGACUACACAGCUGGUCUGUCAUUUACCCACUGAGCCACAGCCCUGAGUUACACUCCUCAGCCAGCUCUCAGAGAAAGGGCUCUCCCUUGUCCUGGGAAAGGCAGUGGCUGAGUUUGUAUAAACACCUAGCAUUGUUAAUUUUGCACAGGGAAAACAGAUCACAGCAUAAAAGCUGGGCAGUUCUUCAGUGUGAUGUAUUUCAGUCAACAUUUGCAAAUAAUCAGAGUUACUUGUGUACAUAACCUGUGUUUUACAACUCUAGCCAGAUGCAGAAUUUUGAUUUGUUUUAGGGAAGAGACCUAUUGUUUCAUGAAGGACCAUGCUGCCUUAGAAAUAUAAUGUGGGGAAUGUAGUUGAAUAAGGCAUAUUUCAGAGGGCUUUGAAAUGCAGAACCCGGAGCAAUUGUAAUUCCUACAUACAUUUUUCCAUUAGCUAUGCCUUGUGUAAUGUGAACCCAGAUUUUCACAACUUGCAGCUCCCGUCAGUACUGUUUGCCAAAUCUUACCAUACUGUUUUCUUUUCAACUUUGAGUGCUUUGUUCCCAGUCUCUGUAACUAAGUUUCCUGCUCAUAGGAAUCUCAGUGUUGUGGUCCUGUCUCUUGAAUCCAGGUGUCCUCACUGAGAGUAUUUGUCUCCAGUAGAAUUUUCCCAGAAUAGACACAGGCAGGAUCAGAUACGUGAGCUUCCCUUUCAUUUUAACGUGAAGAAAAACUAUCUUUCAGAGACAAAGCACCACUUAUAAAUGUGUUUCUGGGUGGGGAAGGACCUUUUUUUUUUAACAGCUGAUUUUCCUGAUCCAGAGUUCUCUGCAUGCUGGACCUUCUAGAACAAGUAUGGUGGAAGUAGACACACCAUACAACCACACACGAAAAUCACUGCUCAUAAGACCCCAGGUUGUGUUUCUCAAACAACUAUUCUCACUACUUUAGAAGAGAUGAGCAUUCACUUCUGAAACAAGCACAAUUAGCUAAAUUUAUUUUCUUCCUAUGUGUUUAUAUUAAUUGGUUCACCAUAACAAAUAAGGCAUUCUUACAGAAUUUGAGCCCCUUUGGAAUAAGGUCUUAGGCACUUUGCUGUUGGCUCACUCUAGCUUACAUAUGGUAAACUUCAAGUUACAGAAUGUGUUCCUAGAGACAAGAUUAGUUCGUUUGGUUCAGUUUGUCUCUGAGCCGAGCUUCGCUCAUGAGCGGCUGGGUAUUAGUCAAAUGAAUAGUGACAUUAUAUGCUGUGUUGAGGGGAAGCAACCCUGAGUGCCAGACUGAGAGACAUCGUCUUUCUAACCAAAAUAUUGUCCACAAACCCUGGCUGCAAACACGUCCUGUGAAUCACAGCUCACAGGGCUUCAGAUUUAUUUUACAGAUCGCCAGUCAGGGGUAUUGCUUGUGAUGUUGGUAGCAGGCAAAUUGAAGAGAAUUGCUGUGGAGUUCCUCAGUGUUGAAUGAAUUGUGUGUGUGCAGCUUGGUUACACAUGGAGGCCAGUCUGCCAUUGAAUUCUCACUUCUAAAAGGUUUAACCUGUUCCUCGGUGGUACUGUGAGGACCAACAAACAUUUUCUGAAUUUUGGUAAGAUUGGAAAACAUUUAUGGAGGUUUUCCCAGUUUAACCCAUGACAGUGUUCAUUUGAAUAUUGCAAUUAAGUAUAUUCUGAAAUAACUGCAACACAAAAUUGAAAUGUGCCAGUAUGUCAGCUUUGCACCUAAAGAUAAUGUAUAUUUGGAAAGCUUAUGUUUCUCUAAAUAAAUAUAUGUUAAUAAGUAAGCCAUAUCACAGUUUAAGAAAUUGUAUAUACUUUUCCAUUUACACCUUCAGAAACCAGGUAUUUUGCAUAUGAUUGAUUUUAGAAAGAUUUGGAAGCUGGAGUUUGUCCAUGUAAUUUAAGAUCAAAGUAUAGUAUAUAUAUAUAUAUAUGUACUGUAUUUGCAAUUUUCAAAUUGUAAUUUCCUAUACAUUUAUUAAAGUAUUGUUUUGCCAUGUGGUUUAUUAAAAAUGAAAGUGUACAGUUCCUUAAAUUAAAUUUCUAGGGUUCUUUUACUGAAUAAUCAUAAUGGGCCUUAAAACAUAAACUUCUUAGAAAGAAAAGCAUUAGAAAAUAGAUUUUAACCUAUCUAGUUUUAUCAUCUAAUUGUAAUGCCCCCUUAGAUAAGAACUAAACCUGAAAAAAAAUCUUCCAGAUAGGAUAAAAGAGAGUAAAAGAACCUUAAUCUUUUUAUAUCAGUCACUUUUAAUGUCCCUGCAGCCCCAGCGACAAUGGCAGAAAGGAAAGAAACAAGCUCCUGCAACAGUAAGAUUGGUGAGGCCCAUGGGUAAGUCUGAGUGCAGCGGCCUGAAGUGUCGGUGACCAGGAAUGCCAACCAGGGGUCAGACACCACACCUCACAGGCCUGUCUGCCACAGCCUGUCUGCAUGGCUCAAAGAGCUGAGAAUGGUUUUCUCAUUUUUUAAUGGUUAGGGAAUCAGAAUGACAGUAAUAUUUAAUGAUGUAAAAAUUACGUGAACUUUAAACGUCAGCGUCUGUAAAUAAAGUAUUACUUGAACACAGCCACGCUCAUCCGACCAAGCAUAGUCCGUGGUGAUCUCAUGCUGCAGUAGCAGAGUUGAGUAGUUGCGACAAACACGAGAUAUUUACUGUCUGUUCCCUUUAUAGAAAAAGUCUGCCGGCCUCUGGUGCACCCUGUUUACCCUGUCGUACCCUUUUAAGGCCUUAGCAGCAUUCGUGGGUGCAGCAAGCUCUCCUAGCGCCUGCUCGGAAGGUUCUGUAUGGGUAGAUCAGCCAGCCAGCUGAGUCACCAAAGGGUCUUUUCCUCCCUUAACCUUUUUUCUUUUCUUUAUGCCCCUUGGAGUUUGGGGCAGAAAUACAGCGAAAGAGUAGCAAGGUUUCCGAUAUUAUCUACGUACCGUAUGUUCUACCUAACGUUCAGCAGCAAAGCCAUGUUUCUACCUGGAGCAACGUGAUCACCAAGAUCACUUAAUCCUUCUCAACAUAAAGCUUAUUCACCUGCCUGUUAAAUUUCUCACUUAAGUUAUGACAGAAAUGAAAUUAAUAAAAAUGUAUGUGUGUUGAGUACCUUAUGUAGUUUGUGGCCAGCUGGGGGAUCACAAAGGAAAAAUGGCAUUUUAUCUGCUAAGUAAAUUGAAAACUGGUUAUCAGGCUUUUAAAAUAGUAUGUUCUUUAAAGUUUGCCAGUUACCUAGGAAAAGAUUAAACUUUCUGAAAACAGUAAUAAAAUAAAGUUUUAGAUAAGUAAUACUAGUAAAUACUGAGAUGUUACAUAUUCUUUGAUUAUAUACCUAGAUUUAUUUCUAUUUUGAUGUGUCGUUUUUGGGGUCCAUGUCAGAUGCUAAAAUAAAUCCUAAUUUGGGGUAACAGCCUUAAGCUUUCUUAUGCUAAACUUUCAGCUUUAAUAUGUUAGUAGAAUAAUAUUUUUCGGUUAUCAUUCAAUUCCAAGUAUGAUCUAUUAUAACUGCUAUAAGCUAUGAAAUAAACUAAGCAUAAAUAGGAAGUAUGAUGCCUUAUGACUAACUAUCUCUAUGUGAAUCAUGUUUUAGGAAGCUCAGUGAAAUGCCACCUAAGAUCUCAUCGUCUUCAAGCACAAUUCUGGUUUAAGGCUCUCAUUUAUAGAAUAUAAACUGUAAAGUAUGGCCUGUGGGUAUUACACAAUAAACAUGAGGGUGAUACUUUGUAAAUUA